CGCCCGGGAGCGAGGUCAGCGAGUCGGGGCCGCCGCCGUCAUGACCGAGGACGCGAGCGCCCUGCCCUGGUCCAUCAACAGGGACGACUACGAGCUGCAGGAGGUGAUCGGGAGUGGAGCAACUGCCGUGGUCCAAGCAGCUUACUGUGUCCCUAAAAAGGAGAAAGUGGCAAUCAAACGGAUAAACCUUGAGAAAUGCCAAACUAGCAUGGACGAACUUCUGAAAGAAAUUCAAGCCAUGAGUCAAUGCCAUCAUCCCAAUAUUGUGUCUUACUACACAUCUUUUGUGGUGAAAGAUGAGCUGUGGCUAGUGAUGAAGCUGCUAAGUGGAGGUUCUGUUCUGGAUAUUAUUAAGCAUAUUGUGGCAAAAGGGGAGCACAGAAGUGGAGUUCUGGAUGAGCCCGCCAUAGCCACAAUACUCCGAGAGGUCCUAGAAGGACUGGAGUACUUGCAUAAAAACGGGCAGAUUCACAGAGAUGUGAAGGCUGGGAACAUCCUCCUGGGAGAAGAUGGUUCUGUACAGAUUGCGGACUUUGGCGUUAGUGCUUUUUUAGCAACUGGUGGUGACAUUACCCGCAAUAAAGUGAGGAAGACCUUUGUCGGCACCCCUUGCUGGAUGGCACCGGAGGUUAUGGAGCAGGUCCGAGGUUAUGACUUUAAAGCUGAUAUCUGGAGUUUUGGAAUCACAGCGAUUGAACUGGCCACAGGGGCAGCUCCUUAUCAUAAAUACCCACCAAUGAAGGUUUUAAUGCUGACACUCCAGAAUGAUCCUCCGUCUUUGGAAACUGGUGUUCAAGAUAAAGAAAUGCUAAAAAAAUAUGGAAAAUCAUUUAGGAAAAUGAUUUCAUUGUGCCUUCAGAAGGAUCCAGAGAAAAGACCAACAGCAGCAGAACUGUUAAGGCACAAAUUCUUCCAGAAGGCAAAGAAUAAAGAAUUUCUUCAAGAAAAAAUAUUACAGAGAGCCCCUACCAUUUCUGAAAGAGCUAAAAAGGUUCGAAGAGUGCCGGGUUCCAGCGGCCGUCUCCAUAAGACAGAGGAUGGGGGCUGGGAGUGGAGUGACGACGAGUUUGACGAAGAGAGUGAAGAAGGGAGAGCGGCCAUCUCACAACUCAGGUCUCCCCGAGUGAAAGAAUCAUUAUCAAAUUCUGAGCUCUUUUCAACAACUGAUCCCAUGGGUACUUUACUCCAAGUUCCAGAACAGAUUUCUGCUCAUCUACCUCAGCCAGCUGGGCAGAUGCCUACACAGCCAACCCAAGUCUCUCUCCCACCCCCAGCAGAGCCGGCCAGAACAGCUCAGGCUCUGCCUUCAGGAGCGGAAUCCCAAGAUACAAAGAUUCCCAUUAGCCUAGUACUAAGGUUAAGGAAUUCCAAAAAAGAAUUAAAUGAUAUUCGAUUUGAAUUUACUCCCGGGAGAGAUACCGCAGAGGGGGUCUCUCAGGAGCUCAUUUCUGCCGGCCUGGUCGAUGGAAGGGACUUGGUAAUAGUGGCAGCUAACUUGCAGAAAAUUGUGGAAGAACCUCAGUCAAAUCGAUCUGUCACUUUCAAACUGGCUUCCGGUGUCGAAGGCUCGGAUAUUCCCGAUGAUGGCAAACUUAUAGGAUUUGCCCAGCUCAGCAUCAGCUAAGCCACAGCCUUGGAAGAGACGGCGUAACGAGAUUCCACACAAUGCGUAUCUCUGUUGCUUCUGUUGGCCUAAACCCACUACUGCCAAAGAACCCAGCAACAAACCUCCCGGCUAGGAGCUUUAGAGUUCUUUCUUCAUGUUCUUCCUACCAUCAUUUCCCCCUUUGCCCACAGGGAAAGAAAGCUGGGUCCCCAGUGGCCCGCGUCCCCUCAGAGUUCCGUUAGUAGACGUGCUGUGUGUGUCCCCUCUCUCCCUCCAUCUGAGACGCGGCCAUGCGCCUUUGGCCCAGGAGGGAGGUCCCUCUGCCCACUCUUGCCUUACCCCAGUGAUGGCCCGGGUGGAAAGGCGCCAGCUGUGUUGGGUGCCCUCGGCUUGCCUGUUCUCGCCCACCUGCCAGGGUCUGGGCCUUGGGUAUCUCUUUAACACUGAAGUAGCAAUUAAAAAUCGAUUGUUCAGCUGGAGCCUAGAGAACUUAACUAGUGUUUUUUCUUUGUACCUGAUGUGAAUUCUAGCAGCCUUUGUUAGGAAAAAGCACAGCCUCAGGUGGAGGCAGCCUAACCUGUCGUGCGUCUUCAUUCCCGGCGUCUCGGUGUGCCGCGGACGCCGCUCUCAGGCACCCUUCGCUGCUCCCUACAGAAAGGGCUGCUCGCCUUAACUUCAGCUGGUGCGAUCCCUCUGACUGUAGUCACACUUCAGCCAUCAGAUCUUCAGAGUGGACCUUGGGAAUGUUUUUACAGAAAACAUCAAGACAUGGCUUUUAAAAGCUAAUUUUGCCAGAGGUAGUUUUUGAACAGAAAGAAACCAUAAGUCAUAUCAUUGGGCAAGAAUUUUCAAAUUAAAAAAAAAUAAAUUGAAGACAAAACUGCUGCUUGAACCUCCUGUGAAAAUUGAUUAGCCUGGGCUCUUAAGUCAUGAAGAAGUGGGUGUACAAAGCUGAGAUUUCUACAGCAAUAAAGGAGACUCACGCUGGGCUGGAGGCCUGCCUUCUGCCCCUCUCCUGCACUGACUCUUCGGAGAGGGUGUCUGCGCCGACCCCGACACGAUACGGAAAGUGAAACCACAUGUGCCGUGACCUUUAGGUUUUAUGAAUAGACAGUGUUCAUUUGAUUUUCUACAGAAAUUAUAUAAAUUAUUCUUUAGGGUUUAAAAAGAGCACUCAAUGCAAUAUGUGAAUCAUCAGUGGGGUUGAUUUUAUUCUUUUUCUGUUGUUUCAGUCAGCCAUUGUCUAGUUGUUCAUAAGCACACCAAAUUAACAAGUUUUGUAAAAGAAGGAGACCCACAGCAGUGGCUGUGCACCGCUGGACAGGAAGGACCACCCCCACCGUUUCUGUCACUACUGCUCGGAAGCAGGGAUUUCCUAGUGGCCCCUUCCCCAACCUUCACGGCUCGGCUCGGGGUUGAGCACAGGGCCCUUCCUUACCAGCUCUGCCUGAACAAAGCUCUCCCUAACUGACUGGCUUCACUUUAGUUUCAGUCAUGGUCUUUCCUCACCUGCUCUGGGUGCAAAGGCAUGUUGGGAAAGGGAUGUUGUUGAGAAAGAGAGGGGGUGGUUUAGGGGUGGGGGAGCUCAAGGAGAAUAGAUUAGAUUAGACACCAAAGUCUAAGGUCUCAGCAGGAUUAGUAAAAGAAAGGAGCCUGCUGAACCUGGAGAGAGAGAGAAGGUUGACCAGCUAUCUGGAAAAAUAUUUAGCUUUUCUUUUGUUUCUGAGGAUGGGGAUGAGGAAGCAAGGAUAGGGAGAUGGGAAUGAUGUUUAGCAAAGAGAUAGUGGCUUACUAUAGAAUCCUUUUUGCGUUGUUUUGUUUUGUUUUUGGAGGUAGGGUCUCACUCUGGCUCAGGCUGACCUGGAAUUCACUCUGUAGUCUCAGGGUGGCCUCGAACUCUCGGCGAUCCUCCUACCUCUGCCUCCCCAGUGCUGGUAUUAAAGGUGUGCGCCACCACGCCCGGCUAGAAUCCUUUUUGGUUUCAGACAGCCUAUCUUAGUCUACUUCUUUGUGAGCCUGGAGCAGGGGACUUGGAGGUGGUAGGCUUCAGGCUGGGAUUGAGUGGCAGCCCCUCCCCUGGUCACUUCGCCCAUACCACCAUUACCUUUGCACUGCUGUGGGGACCAGGAAGGACAAUGAAAGUGGGUAGGACUUUCUUUUCAGUUCAUUGUUUGCCCUUCUGGGAAUUAGGAGACAGACAUCAAGUCCCAGAGCGUGUGUUUCUUCUGCAUGGCAUUGUGAAUUCCUUCUGCUGGAAACAAAGGAGCAGAAACUGCCCUGGAGCAGUUUGAAUCUGUCACUAGGUCCCCAGAUACACUUGUCCCUGCACUAGGGACUGACUAUAGCACAAGGUAUAUGUGCCAAUGCUGUUUGUGAAGUGAAUGGUCUUUCAAAAUGACUAAUGGAGGUGUUUGGGCUUUGAACCAAUCCAAGAGCCAGCUGAGACUAUUUAAUCAUCUGAAGGACAGAAUAAUGGUGUAUCAAUAAAUGGAGGUUCCUCCUUAUGAUGUAUGCUAGAUUGUGGAAGAUGUAAAAUAUUCAACUUUCCCCCUUUUUUGACUUUGUAUUUUACUGCAUGUUUUCUUCAUUUUUAAUCAAUAAAAAAAUAAAUUGUU